AUCAAAUAAAUUUUUAUUCUGAAUUUCUGAUUAAUAUAUGCGGUUGAAUUGGGACCAAUAAUCGGUAUCCACGAGAGGAUGAGGAAUCAGAAGAGAAGUCUCUGAAUCGUCUACGGGCUAUUAGGCCCAGGGACACCGUUGUGUCUCAUCUCUCGUAUUGAAGAAAUCUAAAAAAGGCACGUGUAGAAGAAUCACGGAGACACCCGCGGUUUGAUAAAGAAAACCGAUUCUUUCUUUCUUUGUAAUUCUAACCCCGCUUUUCCACUCACUCUCACAAGACUAAACACAGUCUGGUCACUUACCCUCGACCCAUCAUAGAUCGCUUUUCACCUCCUCAAACCCACCGAACUUUUACCCUAAAACCCCAUUCUGCUCCGCCCAACCCACCUUAAACGCCCCUCCAUUUCCCACUUUCUUCUUCUUCUUCUUCUGUUCUGCUGUCGCUGCUUCCAAUGGACGUCGAUCCUCGUAACUACGAUCACGUUGUCUGUUUCCUUUCUAUAAUUCCGUUAUCAAUGACAAUGACAUCCACAGCAUUGUUCUAUCAUACCUUGUGCAUAAUUGUUAUAAAGAAACCAUGGAGUCGUUUAUUUCUAGUGCUGGGAUGAAGCAGCCUACUGAUUAUGUUGAGGACAUGGAGAAAAGAAAAAGAAUUUUAAAUUUUGUGAUUGAGGGUAAAGGCCUUAAGGCCAUUGAACUGACUGAAGAGUUGGCACAUGGCUUACUGGAGAAAAAUAAGGACUUGCAUUUUGAUCUGCUGAGCCUCCAUUUUGUUGAGCUUGUCUGCUCUAGGAAAUGCACAGAAGCUUUGGAAUUUGCACAGACCAAGUUGACCCCCUUUGGAAAGAUGGAUAAGUUUGUUGACAAGCUUGAAGACUUUCUCGCUCUGCUUGCAUAUGAUGAACCAGAAAAAUCCCCCGUGUUUCAUCUGCUUAGCUUGGAAUAUCGGCAGGAUGUUGCAGAUAGUCUUAAUCGUUUGAUUCUUGCACAUGCAAAUCUGCCCAGCCAUACAGCAAUGGAGAGGCUGAUACAACAAACAACAGUUGUUAGGCAAUGCUUAAGUGAAGAGAUUGCCAAGGAUGGGGUUCCACAAUUUUCUUUGAAGGAUUUCCUCAAAAGCUAAUAGAAUGAAUGUUUGAACCAUGAAGUAUUAAUGGUUUGGAGCAUAUGUGGUUGACUCAGAUGUCAUGAUAUCUUGUUACCACACUUGGGCUGUGCGUUUGGCAUGUAAUUUAUAGUGAGUAGUCAUCAGCGCCUGCGUGGCUGAGCUGGCUGUCUCAUGUAUCAGGGGCGGCCUAACUUAUAUACUGGCCUUUGGCGAGGGGGAAAUGAAAAUUACGCCUUUAAUUAAAUAUAUGUUCAUAAUAUUUUAUUUAAUUAUUAUUAUUAUUAAUUUUUUCUCUUUCUAUUGAUGUAGUAAGGAUGUUUGGUUUGAAUAAAAUUGCUUCUAUAAUUUAUUUA